UUUUUUUUCAAUGAAAACCCUAGAAGGAGAAACCUAUGGAGUCUUUACAAAUUGAAGUACUUCAAUUAUAAUUUUUUUUCAAAUAAUCACUGUUAUGUUCAAUCGGUAUAUAAUCGUCUAAUAGUUUGCCCUCUUGAUUGCUCUGUAUUGUGCUGAAUUUUGGUUUUUGAUGCCGGCUCCAAGCUCAAGUUCGUUGUGGCGUGAGUAACCCAUUCCAAAUUAUGUUGUGAUGUUGGUUUUUAGCCGAUACUAUACUUCAGGUUCAUUUGGAUCUAUUUAACUUGAUCACUGUAUGUAGCCCUCAAAAUCUCUCUUCUUUCUUUUUUUGUUCUUUCUAAUAGCAGGUCCCUUCCAUGUGAGCAUCUAUUUUAUGCUUGGUUGAAUUUUUACCCAACUUCUAGUUUAUGUUGGAUAUUUCUUCUCCCAUCAUUACAACAUUGAGCCAUAUUGCUUAAUCUAUGUCAAAAUACUUGAUUCAUAGGCAUUCAUGUCAAUCGUCUGUGGUUUUCCCCUUCUUGAAUGUGUAUACUGUCUUGCAUGUGCCCGAUGGGUUUGGAAGAAAUGCCUCUACACUGCAGGCCAUGAAAGUGAAAACUGGGGCCUUGCUGAUGUUGAAGAAUUCAUGCCGGUUCCACACCUUUGUCGCAUAAUCCUAGCAGUGUAUGAAGAUGAUAUUCGAAACCCAAUUUGGGCACCCCCUGGAGGUUAUGGAAUCAAUCCUGAUUGGCUUGUCCUACGGAAAGACUAUGAAGAAACACAAUGCCGUGUACCUCCUUAUAUGAUUUACCUUGAUCAUGAGAAUAAAGACAUAAUUUUCGCUGUUAGAGGACUUAACUUGGCAAAGGAAGGUGAUUAUGCUGUUUUGCUUGAUAACAAACUUGGGCAGACAAAGUUUGAUGGUGGAUAUGUUCAUAAUGGGCUAUUGAAGGCUGCCGAGUGGCUUUUUGAUGCAGAAUGUGAAGUAUUGAGGGAUUUGGUUGAGAAUAAUCCAGAUUAUACAUUGACAUUUACUGGGCAUUCACUAGGGGCAGGGGUGGUGGCAUUGUUGGUUUUGGUUGCAGUACAGAAUCUGAACAAGUUGGGGAACAUUGAAAGGAAGAGGAUCAGAUGCUUCGCGAUUGCUCCUGCCAGAUGCAUGUCACUGAAUUUGGCUGUGAGAUAUGCAGAUAUUAUCAAUUCUGUUGUGCUCCAGGAUGAUUUCUUACCUCGAACGACUACUGCUUUGGAAGAUGUUUACAAAUCACUUUUCUGUUUGCCAUGCUUACUUUGUAUUAUGUGUCUGAAGGAUACAUGCACUCUAGAGGAGAAGAGGCUUAAAGAUCCAAGAAGGCUAUAUGCUCCUGGCCGGCUAUACCACAUUGUGGAGCGAAAACCCUUCAGGAUCGGAAGAUUUCCCGCAGUUGUGAGGACUGCAGUCCCAGUGGAUGGGAGGUUUGAGCACAUGGUUCUUUCUAGCAAUGCAAUGUCUGACCAUGCUAUUAUUUGGAUAGAGAGAGAAUCCCAAAGGGCACUUGAUUUGAUGCUGGAGAAAGAUCAGAUUAUGGAGAUUCCAUCAAAGGAAAGGAUGGAACGGCAGGAGUCCCUUGCUCGAGAACACACUGUGGAGUACAAGGCAGCUCUUCAAAGAGCUGUUGCCUUGGAUAUCCCUCUGGCUUACCCUCCUUCUCAGUAUGGAACAUUCCAUGAAGGGGAGACUUCUGGCAGAUCAAGUGAGCAAACUUCAUUCUUGUCCUCUGAGAAAAGGAAGGAAAGUUGGGAUGAAUUUGUAGGGCGUCUCUUUGAUGUUGAUGAGUCCGGGCAAAUGGUUUUCAAGAAACCAGUCUCAUAGACUCACAAAGUUGAUAUUGUAAAUAGCCUGGAGAAAGCAUUCUUUGAUUCAUAUGAACUAUGAAGCACAUUUUUUGGGUUUCAUGAUUGUAAAGCCUAAUGUCUGAAGAGGAACAUGAAGAUUCAUUUCAUCAUCGACUGUAUAUUUCAAAAGGAUUCUCAUGUCCAAUGUUGUAACAUCCCAUGGAUUAGAAAUCAACAGGCCAUGAUAUGGGUAAGCUUGAUUUAUGUUUUCGAA